UUUAGUGAUCUCUUUUCAUGUCCUGUCCCUUGAAGCAAUAGAAUAACAUCUCUAUGCUCACUACCAUACCAUCACAUAUUCUUGAGUAUAUAAGAACAAUUAGUUGAGAAAACCUCCAAACAACAUUUAGGCCAUGGCCUCAAGCUCAUCGUUAGCAUGCUCGUGGACGUCCAAGCAAAACAAGAGGUUCGAGGAGGCCCUAGCAAGGUACGACAAGGACACACCGGAUCGUUGGCACAAUGUAGCCCGGGCAGUUGGUGGGAAAUCAGCAGAUGAAGUGAGGAGGCAUUAUGAUAUCCUGGUUAAAGACAUUACGCAGAUAGAGAAUGAUCAAGUCCCCAUUCCUAACUACAGAGCCCUUGCAAGAGGACAUGCCCAUGAACUAAGGCUUAUGAGGAAUCUCAAGCUGCAGUGAUGAGGAAAUGCAUACUCCAAUUAAGGUUCAAGAAAAUAAAGAGAAUUAAAUAUAAUACUGUGUUGCCUGAAAAUGUAUAAUGGGGUAAUUAAUUUUCUGCCAUUUUAUAUACUAUAAUUUUUUAAUUUCCUGAAAUGUGGCAGAGAUAUGGUUUCUCUUCAGAAUGUCAUUUUCAUAAAUGAACUCUGAUUUAAGAUAGAAGUUGGAAGAAUGGGCUAAAAUUAGUAAAGAUAGUGUUGGUAUGUUUAUUUCGGCUUGGAUAAUUUAUUUUAAUUGGUCCUCAA